GUUUGAAUCGGUCAUCUUAGAACUCAAGCGAAGAAGUUAACAAAGAGACAAUGAAGGGCUACACUCUCCUAGCGUUGCUUGUUGUGGUCGGCUGUGUGUCAGCAUACCAAGAUGAUGAGGUCGCCCUUUUGGAGCGCCUUCUGGAUUUGAAGAGGUCUCAAAAUCUUAAUUUGGAGGAGGCCCCGGAAGAAAGGCAGCUUGAAAAAAAGAAUGAACCAACUCUUCGGGAGCUUCUCCGUAAUGUUGAGAGUCUGUUGAAUAAACGCAUUGAAACGCAAGAAGAGAAAUUCGCUGAACAAAAGCGCUAUCAAUGCGGAGCACUAUUCCAGUGUGCCGAGGGCUUAACCUGUGUAGAUUAUAACGGCACUGGAUACUGCGUUUAGGUGAAGUCCUAGAUGCGUGGGACUUAAUUGAUCUGAUGGAGUGUUGAAGACAACGAGGAACUGUCAAGCAUAGUUUACACCCACAACAAAUAAUUAUCAUAGGCCCAUCUACCGUUAAUCAACAUGUGUUGAUGGAUUUAUACCUUUACAUACGGUGGACUAUACUUUAUUGUUGUAGCUUCAAGUGUGUGUCUUGCAAACUUGCUUUUUGUUCCCGAUCAUCUCGAUAACGAUUAUUAAUGAUAAUGAAAACAAUGAUAAUCAUAUUAUACUUACCUCAUUAAAAUUGCUAAGCAGAAGAUAUCGUAUAAUCAAGUCUUCAUGAUUUAAUUCACUGUGGGUUUGCUUUUAACUCAUUGUAGGUUUACUUCUUAUUCAGAGGGCUCAAACGGUUUGUUUUCUUUUCCUGUCCUGUAAUGUUAACUCGUUAUGUUAUAAUCUUGUAAGGUUGCCUGUUCUUUGGUUAGCUGCUCGUUACGUCUGCUUUACUUUGUCAGUGGCAGUCACGGCACGUUUUGUUUUAACCCGGGCAAUUUAAAAUGGUGUAAAAAAUGAAUUGUGACAAAAAGAGCAAUCAACCAAAAACAGGCAACUAUUAAAGUUUCCAUAAUAACUACAACGAGUAAAUAAAACCAAAUUCCAUUGCAAUAUGGAAUCAGCUUUUUCUCCCAUAUCUAUACUCCGACCGUGGCAUAACAAUGUAUGUUGCUCUAACGUAGUAUUCUUUUGAAAGCGAUUUACCAAUUUUUUUUUUACUUCUUUUUUAUAAAUAUGAUUUCAAGGGUAACGUUUAACGUUAGUAAAAUCAUAGUUUUGUACUCCCAUCGUAUACUUUGCAGAUAACACAAUUAGUUAACACGAAGCCGAUGGGAAACGUAUUUUCGAUCCACAAACUUUCUUUUCCAUGUUGUCUUGUCUGUGCAAAAACGUCAUUCCAACUGCAAUUUGCUCGAGUUUUACAAACGCGAGACUUUUGUAUUGAAAUGACGAAAUGCGUGACAAGAAUACACCUCCAUUAAAAGCCAAGCUACGUCUAGUAUUGACGACAUACUGGAACAACUUAAGAAACUGUUAACCCUUCACGCCUUUAAUAAUUAGUUUUG